AUGCCUUUGCCGCCAGUCAAGAAGGCUUGCGAUGCGUGUCAUAGGCGUAAAGUCCGUUGCUCUGGAGGUCUGCCAUGCAAGAAUUGCGGCUCAGCGAACCUGCAAUGUACUUACCUAGCAAUUCCCCAGAAGAAGGGUCCUAAAGGUUCAAGAGCGAAGGUCAUUUCAGAAAUACGUGAUACUCAGAUACCAAAAUCGAUUUCAGAAACACCAACACCUCCUUCACCUAUCCAGAGCUCAACAUCGGCGCCAGCACUAGCACCAACACCAACGGCAUACAGCCAUGAAGCUGAAGACAAUCCCUUCGAUUUCAACACGCCACCCAUGUCACCAGCGGACAAUGUUCGAAACUUGGAUCUCUUGUCUACACCAACUGUUGAAAGUUGUAUUAGUUUCUUCUUUAACCAUCUUUAUCCUACCAUGCCAAUAUUCAGCCGGCAAUACCUGAGCCGGCUGGUUGCCGAGUAUCGCCACGGUCCACCAGAGGUCUACUGCUUGGCACUUUCUCUGUGCUCGUUUAUCCUUGUACAGCCAGGCAUGUCUUUCAAGGGUAUGCCGAUGCCAGCCAGCUAUGAGGAGAAUCCAGCAGCUUCUCGAUAUCGUCUAGCUAACUUGCUCUUGAGAGAAGUGCACAGAAUGCGCAAGGGUAUCGACUAUAUCGACAACCCUACGUUACUUUCAGUGCAGGCCUCGUUCUUCAUGUUCGCCUCUUAUUUCGGUCUAGAGAAAGCCAAUGCUGCUUGGUACCAUCUCAGAGAAGCGACAACAUUGGCUCAUAUGCUAGGCAUGAACGAAGAAGCAACAUACAAGGUUGGUGACCCCGAGGAGAACAAGAGAAAUCGUCGUUUCUACUGGCUAGUCCUUGUCACCGAGCGUGCAUUUUGCCUCCACAGACAUAAACCAUUGUCUAUGUUGGCCACGAUCGAGCUACCGAUAGUUGAUGUGAACUCACCUGACGCGCCGAUCUUGCAUGGUUUUCUAUAUUUAGCCUCACUGUUUCGCCUGAUUGAUGACGAGUUUAUGGUACUCUGGAACAAAGCAAAAACAGAGUGCACACCUUCCUAUCUUUCCAGGCUGCAGAAUCAGCUCGUUGAUGCUCUACCACGAGUACUACUAUGUACAGAAAACCAGGCCGCUGAUGUCAAAAUUACACAGCAUUGGUUGAGGUGUAUGGUGUGGCAGCUGUCUAUAUCAAACGGCUAUCUUAGCUCUAGUAGCUCUGAUCUUGCGAUGUCUUUCAGAUAUCCAAUAGAGAUUGCAAAAGACCUGAUACAAGAUGUCAACAGCAUGAAUAUCGAGGCUAUGGAAGUGCACGGCGUUGGUCUAAUCGAAAAACUAUUCGAUAUGUCCUGCACUCUAUCCGAUGUGAUUGCCUACGUGCCUAUCGAGCAGACUAUCAGUGAAGCACAACAACCACAAAACUGCUUGAACCACCUAUUGAACCUAAUAUCGCGACUACGAGGCGGGGCAUCCCGUUACGUCCCAAUGCUAAUGGCCAAGGUCUCCGAGAACUUACAUCAUCUAUCCAACCCCUUGGCCCACUUACCACAAACCCUCGAUGCAUUCAUGCAAGAUAGUCCUAGCACGCAAUCAAGCCCUCAAGACACGGACAACAGAUCACGAUUGAAAGCCCCACCACAACACAUACAGAUACCAUCUCCAGCACAAUCAACUUCCCUCUCAGGGAGGCCGACAUCUCACACUGAUGGAGUGUCUACACCUCAAUCGCAGCAAAAUCAAGAACGCCUUAUGUUCGAGACUUACAGCCCAAGUAUUGCGAACCACAAUGACGCGACUAUGACUCCUCCAAUAUAUGGCAUGCCUGAAACGCCGCAAUCGCAGUUUGCGCCCUCGUUCGCCAUUAACCAGCAUGCCUUACCAAGAAGUGUUCCACCAAAUACCAAGUCCGUCGACCGAGAGGUGAUAUGGCACGGAUAUUGCGCUUGA